ACGGCAGCAAGUUUGUUGAUAAAGGAAGUAGCUCUAAAAGUUAUGUAGCAUUAAAUACCCAGAUGCAAACCGAACGAGAAAAGCCCACCAUGAAAGAGAGAUAGGGCGUGUGUUAUUGUGAUUUACUUCUGCGCAAAAGGAGCCAGAGACAGCUAGUGGACAGUUUACAUAAUAUAUCUAUCUCAGAUGCUGUUUUGGGGAGUUUAGGCUGACAAUAAGCAGUCAUGACUGAGAAUUUUGACCGAGCUCCGGGAGCAGGUAGAGCCCGCAAUGUCGCAACAGACCACGGGCUCGUAGGAAACGCCGGAGAAAGUGACACCAAAACGACGCUUUUUAACCAAAGGGAGCCGCUGAGACAGCCGCGAACAACGCAGCCCUUUGCGGAGAGCAACUCUGGCGCGGCCAACGUCUUGGUCGGUGAAGAUUCCAGGAAAGAAAGCAGACCCCAGCAAAGUGUGACUGCCAAUGCUGCUCUUCCAUCCAGAGGUCAUAAUGAUGUGGACACCUUGAUUAAGUCAUCAAAGCUCUCCGCCUGUGCUCCAGAAUUUGUCCCUUUUGGGAUGAGCUCAUAUGAAGAACCAGGUUACUAUGAUGACAGCGAAAGCUAUUACUGUGAAUCAACGUUGGCUGAGACGGUCACAGACUUCCUCGGUCACCUGAGCUCCUCACCAGGUUCAUUUGAGUCUGAUGUUGAAUAUAUUGCCUCCAUGCUCAAUUCCUGGGUUACCAGUGAGGAGCUGCUAAAGGAACUGGUGGAACUGAUUUACACACAGUCUACCGCUAUCCCAAACUUCUCUUACACCGGUGCCAGGCUCUGUAACUACCUGUCCCAUCACCUCAGUUUCAGCACAGAGAGUGGCAAUUUUCGUCAGAGGCUUUUGCAACGAUGUCAAAAAGAGUAUGAACAAAGGGAUGCAGCUGUUAGAGGAGACACCGAGACUCAGAAGAAAUUCCACUCCUACGUCCUGUUUCUGGGAGAGCUCUACCUCCACCUGGAGAUAAAAGGGGGGAAAGGACCUCCAAAAAAAGCAGAUAUCCUCCUCAGUGCUCUGAGAGACUUGCUGAUCACUCUUUUCUCUAAUCCAGUGGACGAAAACCUCAUCUGUGCGGUCAAACUGCUCAAGCUGACUGGGUCUGUCCUGGAUGAUGCAUGGAAAAAGAGUGGAAAAACGCACAUGGAAGACCUAAUACAAAGAAUAGAAAACGUUCUAUUGGACGCCACCUGCAGCAGGAAUGUGAGACAGAUGCUCCUAAAACUGGUGGAGCUGAGAUCCAGUGACUGGGGCAGGGUCCAUGCUGCAGCGGCAGCCAGCAGCGCCACUCCAGACAAUGACCCCAACUACUUCAUGAACGAACCUACCUUUUACACUGAAGAUGGGAAACCUUUUACAGCAGCAGACCCAGAAUAUGCCGAAAAAUACCAAGAGCUGCUGGAGAGGCAGGACUUUUUCCAUGAUACGGAUGGAGAAAAUGGAAAUGAUGAAUCCGACUUUGAAGACGAGAUGGAGCCCGAGAUAGAAGAAGCUUUUGAGAGUUUUUGUUUAGAAUCGGAGAGGAAACGACAACAGCGACAAGGAAAACUAGAGUGACUCGACAAGUUUAUACUGUGCUUUUUCUUCUCAUCUUAUUGGAAUGUCGAACAACAAAAGAAGUUAGCCUUUGAUAGACUGAGACUGUUUUACUGCAAACAAGCCUUUUAACAGAGAGCCGUUUAUAGUUGCACUACUGAUACUUUCUUCAGACAGUGUUAAUUAGAAAGUGGGACAAUCAGUGGGAUAACUGUUCAAAAGUGUUCUCUUUUUUUUGUUUUUUCUGGAAGUUUUUUGAUUUCCUUCCUGAGCUGCUUUCUUCUAAGGCUAAACUAAAUGCAAAGAGGGAAAUUGUGUGCCGUGGAUCUUUUUAUUUGGGGGGGGGGGGUUACUUUAUGAAGCUGGGUUUGGUUAAGCAAAUCAAAUAUUUACAGAAUUUCUCAAAUAUCAACAUUACAGGCCAAAUAAAUCCAAUAGAAGGGAGAUAUGUGGACACUUUAGUACAGACACUCAAAUACAGUGUAGGCCUGUUCUCCAUAGUUGUGACAGACACAUUGUCAUGGCUGUUAGCCUGGGUAGAUAUCACUCAGGUGGGGUAAAGACCUCUGUGGAAAGCUGUAGAGUGCAAAUGUUUUAUAGAAAUGUGAGUAUUUGAAUCCAUUCACAAAGUAAAUUGUCGACUCAAGCAGAAAUAGGUUUUUUUUUCUUCUUUUUGAAAAAAAAGCCUCUUAAAAGAGUCAAAGCUAGACAUUGUUAAACGGUGAACAAACCUAAACUCGCCUGAAUCUAAUUCAUAUCCUGAACGUCCUUCCCAAUACAUAGACGAGUUGCAGGUCAGGUUGGCCAAGGCCAACGGCAGAAUGGAUUCAUCCCCAUCACAGCACUGAAAGACUGUUUUUUCAGUGAUUCACAGGUGUCAUGAAAAGGAAUGUUGUUUUAUAGGUUGUAAAUAUUAUUUAUAGUAUUGUUUGCCUGCAAUAAAUUCUUUAAUAAUGAUAAAUAGAUCUGUUUUUUGAACUCUUAAGUUAAUGACACAUGUCGUGAGCUUUAUAAUUGGGGCAGAAGAUCAAUGUAUGCUGGGUUUACGUCAUUUUCAGUGUGGAUUGUUAGACUACUAUUUUCAUUAGUCACAGUUCCUUUUGCAUGAUUUUAAGACAGAAAAACACCUAAUUAUAAUUAGAUAAAGUUCCACCAAAACUUUCAUGUUUCAAAUCGUAGCAAGAAAAUCUUAUUUUAUUGAUAUUUGUUUUAAUUGGGGUUUCCCAUUUAUAAUGAAUGCACCAUCAGUUAUGAAGAUUUUGAAAACUUUUUUCAAUGGUUAUAUGAGUUGAGCAACAGUUAUUGAUGUUGGCUGUUAAACAAUAAAAACACAAUAGAGCUUCUUAUAAUGAUUCAAUUAAUGAAUUAUGCUCUUAAGGUUGCAUUUCAGAUUCUAGUGGCGUGGAAGAAAAGCCCAAAGUUUAUGGAGACCUUUCCAUGGAGACGUGAGUUAUAAAUGGUGUCAUAAGG